CAAAAGACCUUCUCCCCUCCCCUUCCUUCUCCACGUGCUUUCUCCGUGGAGCCCACCCUUCCCCUGUCUGUCAGGCAAAGCUCAUCCCGGACUGCUAGUUGCAGAGUACAGCCAGCUCCUGUAGUGGAGGGAGAUUGAUGCUUUAAGCUUUUCCAUUGUUUCAUGCUGAACUCCACGGCACUGACUGCAGGGAGGCAGCAACCUUGCACAGGUACAAUAGCACUUACUGCAGCUUUCAGCUCAUCAGCAAAACUGUCCAGAGACGAGCAUAGCCGCUUGACCAGCAAAAUGGCAUAAUUUGAUCUCCUCACUCCUUACCUCUUCCCACCUCAUGACAAUAUGUCAGGACUCAGCCCUUCAGCUUCUUUGCCAGAAGAAAUGGGAAAUGGAACAUUUUUGGAACUGUUCCCAACCUCCCUCUCCACCUCAGUAGACUCGUCGCCUUCCAGCCGAUUGUCGAACGUUUAUGUAUACGUGUCCAUCUUCCUCAGCUUGUUAGCCUUCCUCCUCUUGCUGUUAAUUAUUGCACUUCAGAGACUGAAAAACAUCAUCUCGUCAACGUCUUCUUACCCAGAAUACACUAGUGACGCGGGGAGCUCCUUCACCAAUUUGGAAGUCUGCAGCAUUUCUUCACAGCAGUCUUCAUUUUCCAACCUUUCUUCUUAGGAAAUGGGAAAAAACAAAAAGCAUAAAAAAAAUUCCUGCAUGAGCCAUGGAAGCUACAAACAGAACAUAAAUAUAGCUGGCUAACUCUAUUUUUAUUGGCGGUUCUUCUCAGCAUAAUGUUGUUGAUUUUUUCUCCCCAUCUGCUCGUAUUCAUAUGGCACUCAAUGAGCCGGUGCAGGAAUUCCCCACCCAUAGUAUAAAUAAUGUAAGUGUAAUUAUGAUCAUAUUCAUCGAUACAGCAUACUGAAUUUUCUAAGAAAAAAAAUGAAUGACAUGCGUAUUUUAAUACUGGCAACAAAUUCAAACUUUUUAUGUAUAUUACUGAAAUUUAUAUUUCCCACCUUUACUUAUAGGGAAUUAAAAAAUACCCUUCCUGUAAGACGUCAUCUUAGAUUUCCAGGGUGGAUUUUUUUCUUUAUCCCAAACUAUCACAGGAGGUUAAAGUGCCUGCACAUUAUAAGAAAGAGAACCCAGUAAUGUAAAAAUAUCAAGGGAAGACAUAAAUGCAAAGAAAAGAGGUUUCUGUAGUAAAGUGAAGGACAACUAAUGGUUACUACAAGGACUGCUAUGGUAACCCCCUCAAUGAACCGUACAUAUUCUUCAUCUAAUAGUCACAUUAUCACACAUUUAAGUUUCAUUGGAAGACUUGUCUAAUAUAAUAUACAACUCUGUAAUUGGACAUUUAUUUCUUUUCUGAACUAAAUAUAUGUUUUAGCUGUUAUUAAACCUUAUGUAACAUGAAACACAUGAAACAACUUGUAAAAACACAAAGAAAUCAAAAGUAACAAUCAAUUUAUCCUAAUGGUUCAGGGAGUAGCAGCCCAUUCCAUAUUCAUACACUGUAUCCCUGCUAUAACAGCCAUAUAAUAACAAUUUGAGUUGGUGCCUUUUCCAUUUAAUAGAACGCUUUUCACUGUACAGAUAUUCUGUUGUAUGUUCAAACGCAAAAGCACAAUACAUGUAAAUAGGCAAUGCAUGGUUCUUUAUAUACGUAUUUGCUACAUUGAUGACUAGGAUGCAGAAAUGAAUAAUAGUCUUUGAAGUCUGUAUUGAACUGGAGGCAUUGUACGAGGUGUUACUCUGAUUAAGCUCCAUAAUAAAUUAUAUUUGUUGCUGUUUUUGUACAGUGUAA